CUUUUAACUUGAAUCCUUUAACUUUUAACUAAUCCCCUUCUUAAACGUUCUCUCUUCCUACUAAUAUUCUCUCAACCUUGAACUUCUUCGUAGAAUACCUCCAUACUCUACCUAAGGUAUCCUACCUACAUACUACUAUUAUACUAUACCAUACCCACAUAUUAGGUACUCUAUCGUCUAUCGUCUAUCGUCUAUCGUCUGUUGCUGUCAGUUGCCCAAUACUAGUAAUCCAAUAAUACCUAGUACCUAAUAAUAAUAAUCGUACUUGGGGCCUAGUGACGUCGUCUACCAUUCCAUCUCCAUUCUCAUAACAUCCCGCGCAAUAAUCCGCCAUCCCUCUAUUCCUCCAUUCCAACCUUUCUAAUUAAUUUCCGAGUCGCAACCCGGAUCUAUUACCCGCUGUUCAGCUUAUACAUAAGUCUCCGUACCAACGAAGCGAAACAAAAGGAAACAAAUCGACUUUCACCGGGGGAUGCUGCAUUGCGCGCGACCUUACAUUUACUACAUAAUUCAUAAGACUUAUUGCUUAUCGCAUGACUACUAUGGCCUCAGUCACGUCCUUAGACAAGGACUUGCGCCUAUUGCGACUGGAUAAAUAUACUCCGGCCGCUGCGAACGAAGCCCGCACCUGGAUUGAAGGCGUACUGGGGGAUAGACUGCCAUCUAACGAUCUCCUCGACGGGCUUAAAGAUGGUGUUGCUCUUUGCAAACUUAUCAAUCUAGCCGUCGGCCGGCCAGGUGUAAAGUUCAAGCAGUCUGCCAUGCCUUUCAUCCAGAUGGAAAAUAUAUCGCAUUUUCUCCGUGCCUGCCAAUCGCCGCCCUUAAAUCUUCAAGACCAUGAUAUGUUUCUGACCGUCGAUCUUUACGAGCGAAAAGAUCCAGCCCAAGUCCUCCAGUGUCUCGGCGCAUUCUCUCGUGCCGCGCAUGCCGUUAACCCCUCCGCGAUUCCAUCGCCAAUUGGACCCAAAGCAAGAGGUUCUAACAUGAGCCCGGAGAACACAGGCAGCCUGACAACCCCGAGGAACCGAGGCAUGUCUAACGUCAGCAAUUCCUCUUCCACCUAUGGGUCGCGACCAGCGCUCACCCCCUCGAAAACUGGAGACUCAGGUUCAGGGCGCUGGAGUCCUACGAAGAGCCCGACUUCUGGCGAUCGAGUAGGUUCGCCAAAUGUGUCGACCUGGAGCAAGAGAGGGCACGAAGGUGUUACGAGCCCGGCCUGGAAUAUUGCGCAGUACGGUUAUAUGGGUGGCGCAAGCCAGGGCAAUAUGGGGAUAUCCUUUGGGGGGCGACGUCAAAUCACCAGCGCCAGUCCUCAUGUACCUAGUCUCGCCGAUAAGGAGCGUACUCGAAAAGAGCAGGAGGCCGAGGCCGAGCGCCAAAGACUGCAGGCAGAAGAAGAAGAACGUGCUCGUAAGGCGGAGCUGGAAGCCGAAGAGGAAAGUUUACGAUUAGAAGAAGCGCGUAGAUGGGAGGAACAGACGCGACGGCUACGAGCAGAGGAGAAGCGCAAGGCCGAGGAAGAGAAACGUCGCUGGGAACAAGAGGAACGCGAAUGGAAGUUGACGGAGGAAAAGCGACGGAUGGAAGAAGAGGAAGCCGAAAGACAGUUAGCUGAAGAACGUCGUCGGGCAAAGGCCCAAAUCGACGGCCGGUUGCAAGGGCAAUUUCUUAGCCAGUAUCAGGCAGAGCAAGGCAUCGUCCCACAGAAAAGUGGUGGAGGGGGCUAUAGCGAUCGCAUCAAACAAUUAGAACAAGAGCUAGAGUUAGCAAGGAAGCGUGAACAAGAAUACGAGGAAGAACGACAGAAGCGGUCGCACAACCGAGCGCGGUCCCGUAGCCGACCCAGAAAGGCGGAGCCGAGACCACCUAGCCGUCAGGACUCAUGGCGACCGCGGGACGAGCGCGAGUUUUUGAGUACGCAGUGGCUCAGGCAGCAAGAACAACAACAACCACAGGAAGAGCAGGCCCAAGAUAUCGCCCCUCCGCCACCUCCGCGCCCGCUGCCUGUACCUGGUGCGGCGAUAGCACCAGUAAAGACGCAUCGCACAGGAGAGAGAGCGCCCCCCGUACAACCGUUAAAGCCUCAAAGAACUGGAGAGGGUAGGCCCCUUCCCAUUCCUGACCGGCUUAGAAACCAGGCAACUGGAGGCUCUGGGUCGACCCCACCGUCGCGGCCGCUCCCCACGCCCUCGGCGAAUUCCAACGGCAGUUACACUGGCCGCUUUAACGGUUCCAAAGCCGCCCCGGCCCCGGUAGCCCCGCAACAGACGUACUCCCGCGAGCUCGGAGCAACGGCAGAACGUGAUGCCGAAGAUAGGCGACGGGUAGAAUCCCAAGCCAAGACCAAGGCGGGCGGCUGGACCAGUAAGUCGCUUCUAGAACGCGAGAUGGAAAUGGAGCGGCAGAGGCAGAAAGAGUGGGAAGAGUCGCAGAAGGAGACGGCACAGGCUGUGCGGUCAGGCGACGGUGUGGAUGGGGUCGGCGGAGGCAUCGGCGGUCGCUGGGAUGUUAGUCAAUGGAGCGGAUAUACCGGCGGUGACAACCAGAACAAGGGGUCUACCGGCAUUGGAGCUAACAGGAGACAGAUCGUUGGGCCUAGGCCCUUGCCUAGUCGGCCUGGGGCGUAAGGUCUAGGUGGGAUCGAGUAUCUCCGUCAAGGAGGAAAGGGGCUCCAGUCAGUUGGGUGCCACUCUUUCCGGUAUACCUAGUAGGUAGGUAGGUAGGUAGUGUACCUAUCUAACCUACUAACUUGAGUUCUUCGGAUAUCAAAGUGAAGAACAGGCACUGCAUACCUAGGUGCCUAUAUACCUGUGUACCUAAGUAGGAUACGCCGUAGGUAGCACUUACUGCACAACGCACUAGGUACCUACAGUACACUACUACAUUGUCUAACCUAGCAUAGGUAUUAUACCCCCCUUUUGGGCAUUGAGUGUACAUACAUACCUCUACUCAUCGUUAUUUUGAUAUGUCAUAUAAAUAAUACCUACCUAACCUACCUAGGUAUCUUGAAUUCAAUAUAAACC